GUGGAGUGCAUUGCGUGCAGUCUGGCGGCUUGACUCACAGAUAUACACACACACACACACACACACACGCACACUCAGGCAAAGAGGUGUGAGUGGCGUGCAUUGCAUUGCAUUGUGCGUUGUUUGGUGACCUGACAGACACACAUACAUACACACACACACACACACUCACACACACACACACACACACACACUCCGAGGGAUGUCAGGAGCGCUGAGGACCUGCACACGGGGCUGCUACAGUUGCUACUGGAAACGCUCCAGUGAGAGGAAGCGAAGAUGUGCCGGCUGUGGAUUUUCCUACCUGGCUGUGAUGACUCUCCUGACAGCAGCCUGGCUGUUUAUUUGGAUGGCAUUGUAUAACGACCGAGAUGACAUGAACACGAAAGCAUUUGAAAUAUUGUCCAAGUGGAUUAACUGGUUCAUGGUUAUCGUCAUCAUAUCUGCGGUGCUCGCCAUUUAUUGUCUCCUCCUGCUGAUAUUUGCACUUUUCCAGUAUUCUUUAAAGGAACCCUUGGAUUUGCAUUGUGUACACAAGCUGUUUAUGUCCUUGGGGCUUCUAGUGGUGGCAGCUGGGGUGGCGGCCAUUUGCCGUGAAUGGAGAGAGGAGUGGCCCACGGUGCCUUUGUUUCUCCAGGCCACGGGUCCCUUUCUGCAGCUGGGUGCAGUGGUGGCCAUGACGCUGCUGAGCUGGGUGGUGUUCAACAGCUUCUUCAGAUCCAGGAGGAUAGUGUCCAAGGUGCUGAUCAUGCUGGCAUGGGGAGUUGUCACCUCUGCUGUGUUCCUCUGUCCCCUCCUCAUCCACAACUUCUCCCCCUGCAUACGGGACGAUCUUCCCCCAAAACCUGCCCUGAUUGGACACAGGGGUGCACCUAUGGUGGCCCCUGAGAACACCAUGAUGUCCUUCAGAAGGAGUUUGGAGUGCAACGUGACCGCGUUUGAGACAGACGUGCAGCUCAGCAAGGAUGAUAUUCCCUUCCUGUUCCAUGACAAAACCUCCCUGAAAAGGACAACUAACGUUAAAGAGAAGUUUCCAGAUCCAGAACGUGAAAAGAACAAGCCAAGCAACUUCACUUUUGAUGAGCUUCGAAGUUUGAAUGCGGGACAAGGCUUUUUACGUAAAGAUCCGUUGCAGGUGCCUCCUGCCCUGUCCAAGUCGGAGAAGUCGGAGGUCGGAAAUCAGGCCAUUCCUUCUCUCAACGAGCUGCUAGACCUGGCCAAGGAACACAACGUCUCCAUCAUCUUCGACCUCAAAAAUGAGAAAUCCAACAAUAGUGAUGCAAACUACACAGUGCAGACGAUCCUGGCAUCUGGCAUUCCGCAAGAAUUGAUCUGGUGGCUUCCGCCAGGACACAGGGCGGAGGUGAAGAGGGCGGCCCCAGGAUUCCGGCAGGUCUACGGAAGCCUGGCUGCCUUGCGAGAGGACGGCGGGAGUCAUCUGAACGUCAAGUACAACAGUUUAAGUGCAGUCCAGAUGGAGAAGCUACGGAGUAAGAAUGUGUCGAUAAACCUGUGGGUGGUGAAUGAGCAGUGGCUCUACUCCCUGGCCUGGUGUUCUGGUGCCACUUCUGUCACAACCAACGUCUGCCACACAUUCAACGACAUGUCCCAGCCAAACUGGCAACUGGGGCGAUUGCUGUAUAUGAAGAUCUGGAUUUCAGCUGAUCUGGUGUCAUUGGUUAUAAUGUUUGGACUCUUUUUACUUCAAAGGGAAAAGGCGGCAAGGCGACAGAUUUUCCACCUGGAAUCAGAGAGAACUGUCCCCCUUCUUGCCCUCUGAGUGAGUGCUCGCCGUGCGGCCUGAACACAUUUCCGGACUAUUUCCUCAGCCUUUGUCCACCUCGUCACACAUUUCAUGACUGCCCAGGUGGAUGCCCUCUCUAAAUGGACCUACAAAAUGGAGGCUAAACUACUGUGAAUGCUUUAUGUAGAUUCAGUGUAUAUGCGUGUGAAAUGGAUGUGGGUGUUUCUUUUUACUUCAAAUGUAACUGUGUUACAAUGUGUGAAUGUGUGUGUAUGUGUGCAUGUGUGUGUGUGUGUGCGACUAUAUGUGUACUUAUGACACGCCUCAAGAGAUUUUAAGUUUGUUUUAAAUGAAAAGGACCGUUUACUGUGCUGUACAGAAAUGUUUUAUGAGAUCUUUCAAUAUGUUUUAUUUGAAUUAUACUGUAGAUGCAGAUUUUAAAGCAAAAUUGUCUAAUGAAAUGUACCACUGAUAACUGAUCCAGACCACCACUUACCGAGACACGUUUUAACAAUACUGUAUAACUGCGAGAUGCUGUGGAUGAAUACUUGUUUUUAAUACCAUGAUUUCUGAAUACGUUUUAGAGCUUUUAUAUGUUGAUGAUGAGUCUGGUCUAUACCCUUUCAACUUCACUCCUGUAUUUUGUUUGUAGGAAAAUUGUCAGUUUUGGAUUUGGCAGAGGAAAAUUCUGCCAUUGUAUACAC